UUGGGCGGAAGUGACAGUCUAGUCGUUGACGUUCUCCGUUCUUUUCUAACAUUUUAAAUUCAUCUUUUAUUCUCUCUAUUUGUCCGACUCCGUGAGCGGAGCAUUUCAGCAGAGUGAAGCAGAAGAGGUCAGACGUUUUCAUGGCACCAUCUGCUCGGCAGCAUCAAGCACGCCUGAACCGCAUGUUUAUGAAUUUUGGGGAGAACAUGGUGAUGUUUGUUAAAAAUGAGCUGAAGAGCAUCCAGAAGGUUCUCCUGACAAAUGAUGCAGAAUACUUGGAGAGUCAUAAUGAGGAUGAGGAGCAGAGGAGCAGCAGGCUGGUUUUCCUGUACCUCACAGUGACCUUCAUGAGGAGAAUGAAUUAUGAUGAACUGGCUGACUGUCUGCAGAGCAGAACUCGUGCUGAAGUUUGUCGUCAUAAAUUCAAAUGUAAGGUGAAGCAGAAGUUUGAGCGUGUGUUUGAGGGGAUCUCUAAAGCAGGAAAGACAACUCUUCUGAAGGAGAUCUACAUAGAGCUCUACAUCACAGAGGGCGGGGCUUCAGAGGUCAACCAGGAACAUGAGGUCAGACAGAUUGACGCAGCAUCCAGGAAAACAGACACACGAAGAACAAUCCCAUGUGAAGACAUCUUUAAAGCCUCAGCUGACACACAGCCACUAAUCAGAACAGUGCUGACAAAGGGUGUGGCCGGCAUCGGGAAAACAGUCUUAACACAGAAAUGGACUCUGGACUGGGCUGAAGGACAAACCAACCAGGACUUCCACUUCAUAUUUCCAUUCACUUUCAGAGAGCUGAAUGUGCUGAAAGAGAAGAAGUUCAGCUUGGUGGAACUUGUUCAUCACUUCUUUCCUGAAACCAAAGAAGCAGAAAUCUGCAGCUUCCAGCACUUCCAGGUCUUGAUCAUCUUGGACGGUCUGGAUGAGUGUCGCCUCCCUCUGGACUUCCACAGCAAUGACAUCCUGUCUGAUGUCACAGAGUCAAGCUCAGUGGAUGUGCUGCUGACGAACCUCAUCAGGAGGAACCUGUUUCCCUCUUCUCGCCUCUGGAUCACCACACGACCUGCAGCAGCCAGUCAGAUCCCUCCUGAGUGUGUGGACAUGGUGACAGAGGUCAGAGGCUUCACUGACCUUCAGAAGGAGGAGUACUUCAGGAAGAGAUUUAGAGAUGAGGAGCAGUCCAGAAGAAUCAUCUCCCACUUGAAGACCUCACAAAGCCUCCACAUCAUGUGUCACAUCCCAGUCUUCUGCUGGGUCACUGCUAUAGUUCUGGAGAACAUGUUGGACACCAAAGAUGCAUCAGAGCUGCCAGAGACCCUGACUGAGAUGUACAUCUACUUCCUGGUGGUUCAGUCCAGAGUGAAGAAGGUCAAGUAUGAUGGAGGAGCUCAGACAGAACAACUGUGGAAUCCAGAGAACAGGGAGAUGAUUGUGUCUCUGGGAAAACUGGCUUUUGAGCAGCUGCAGAAAGGGAAACUGAUCUUCUAUGAAGAGGACCUGACAGAGUCUGGCAUCGAUAUCGGAGCAGCCUCAGUGUACUCAGGAGUCUUCACACAAAUCUUUAAAGAGGAGAGAGGACUCUCCCAGGACACGGUCUUCUGCUUCAUCCAUCCAAGUGUUCAGCAGUUUCUGGCUGCUCUUUAUGUCCAUCUGACCAUCAUCCACUCUGGAGUCAACCUGCUGUCCAAAAAACAAACAACAUCCAGAAGGUCUGAGACAUCUGAAGAUAAACUUGAACUAACAUGUCUCCACCAGAGUGCUGUGGUUGAAGCCUUAGAGAGUCCAAAUGGACAUCUGGACUUGUUCUUGCACUUCCUUCUGGGUCUUUCCCUGCAGACCAAUCAGACUCUCCUACGAGGCCUGAUGAUACAGACAGACAGAAUCUCAGAGACAAAUCAGGAAACAGUCGGGCAUAUCAAGAAGAAGGUCAAUGAGAAUCUGUCUUCAGGCAGAAGCAUCAAUCUGAUCCACUGUCUGAAUGAACUGAAGGAUCAUUCUCUAGCGGAUCAGAUCCAGCAGCUUCUGAACUCAAGAAGUCUCUCUGAAGAAGGUCUUUCUCCUUCUGUUUUAUCAGCUCUGAUCUUCAUCUUGCGGUCAUCAGAUCAACAUCUGGAUGUGUUUGACCUGAAGAAAUACUCUGCUUUACAUGAGGCUCUUCUGGUGCUGCCAGUGAUCAAAGAAUCUAAAAAGGCUUUCUUAUCUGGCUGUAAUCUGUCAGAGAGAAGCUGUGAAGUUCUGUCUUCAGUGCAGAAAGUGCACGUAGUCCUUCGUGACAACGCCGCCAAUAUGCAGAAGGGGCUUGACGAAUGUGGCGUUAAAAGCCUCGGUUGCAUGGCUCACAAAAUACAGCUAGCAGUACACAAUGGGCUAAUUAGCCAGCGUAGCGUCUCUGACUGUGUAGCAAUUGGAAGACGAUUAGUGGAACAUUUCAAGCAUUCGCAGCUCGCUACAUCACGACUGCGUGGCAUCCAAACAGACCUGGGCUUGCCUAACAAGACCCUCCAACAAGAUGUCACGACUCGUUGGAAUAGUAUGCUGUACAUGAUGAAAAGUUUACUGGAACAGAAACGUGUGCUCAGAGUGUAUGGGACGGAUCAUGAGCUUCCCGUGUCAUUCACUAUGAGUCAAUGGAGUCUUAUCGAAAACAUGACCGCACUGCUGAGCCCAUUUGAACAACUGACGCUAGAAAUAAGCUCACAUUCAGCUUCUGCUGCUGACGUGAUACUCGCUGUUGUGGCACUGAAACGUUUACUGAGUAAGACCGUGGACACAGAUGCAGGAGUUGGCACUGCAAAGGCUACUUUAUUAGAAGCUAUCAAUAAGUGCUUCACGUCAAGAUUUUCUGAACCGCAUUACUAUCUGGCAACUAUUUUGGACCCAAGGUACAAAGACUGUUAUUUUGACACUACACUGAGGGCAACUGCCAUUACUGAACUGCAGCAAGAGAUUCACAGGAUGACAAACGAGAAUGAAAAAAAAUCACCUGAAGAAGAGGAGGAGCCAGGGGAAAAGAGGUGCAGACUGAGUGAUGAAAGACAACAUUCACUGAUGGACAUGUAUGCUGAGAUUUUGGAGGAAAGGCAGAGCUCAGAGCAGCACCCGCCAGACAAGCGCAGCAGUUUGUCAGCUCAUAAUCUGAAUGAUAAAAGGUUAAUAAAGGUCAAAGGUCUGAGGAAGCAGCAUCAGCAGCUCACGACCUACAUACAGGUCCUGGAAGGAACCUUCAGGACCUGGAACAGUGUCUGUGAGCAGCUCGAGGGGGUGAGACGAAGACUAGAACACGUGAGCAACAGUGACUUGACGAGCACAGUAACAGUGCCUCAUGGAAGGACAGAGUUCCAGAGAACCAGAGCUCAGUCUCACAAAUUAAAGUAG